CAAACAGUGUGUGGUGGAAAUAUUUGGUCGGAUUUUCAAGCGGUAAAAUCUUGUUUCUGUUUUUCCUAUUUUUAUUUUUUUUAUAAAUAGUGAUUUAGUUGGGUUUUUUGGGGGACAUUUCUCUCUAAAUUCAGCAAAAAGGCAAACUAAUUAAGCUUAAAUUAAAGCACAAAAACGUUAUUUUGGAAGAAAGUAUUUAUUGACUUUAUUUUUUAAACAUGUAAGCCUACCUUAUAAUAUUCCUUUUACCCCGGAGCAUUGGGUGUUUUGUGUGCUAACUGUUCAGGGACAGAGAAGGCCUGUGUUUUUUAUACGCAAAUUUGCACCUGCAGGUUGGCCUUUUCAUUGGUUGAAACCACAGUCAGAUUCCCCUUGCGAAAUUAUCUGAUUGAAAAUCAGGGAGGGGAGAAAAGGGGAGAGCAACAAGUGUGAUGGUUUUACACUGCUUUGCUUUGCUGACUUUUUAGUAAAGGAUUUUAGCGACGAAUUUCCCUCAUCUUAGCUUCUUACAACGGCAGAAGAAGGACAUUACUUUUUAUUACACCGAUUUCUCGGGAACUUUCUUGGUUAACGGAUCAACAUGCCGCGGUCAUUUCUGGUGAAGAACAAAAGGUGCACGUCCUUUAAUGUUCACCGGUCAUAUGAAGACGAGCCGAAGGCCCCCUUACAAACAGAUGCCCCACCUGAGGCUCAGAGCACAGACUCUGAAGACAGGCCUCAGUCGGUGGAGCAGUCUUCCCCUGCAGACCCCUGCUCCUUUGAGGAGGAGGUGAAGCUCGAAAGCCCCUUACCUGGUCACCCAGAGCCAACCAGACCUCCUGUGGCCCCCACUCAGCCAUACUACCUCAACGAGCCUCACAUGGCCGGAUUCCCUCCCUACUACAAGCCGCCGUACGCCUGGGAGCCGAUGCCCCCCUCCUAUAAGAUUCGUCAGAUGAGCUUCAGCCCCACGGUGCUGCAGCACGCCAGCAGCCUGUACGGGUCCCACAUCAGCCGAAGCCCCCAGCCCCAGAAGCCUCUGGACUGCAGCACGCACUACUCCCCCACCUCCAACACCUUCCACUGUCUCACCUGUGAAAAGGUGUUCUCAACGCCCCACGGACUGGAGGUUCACGUCAGGAGGUCGCACAGUGGAACGAGACCUUUCGGAUGCAGCAUCUGCAGGAAAACCUUCGGCCACGCCGUGAGCCUGGAGCAACACAUGAAUGUCCACUCCCAGGAAAAAAGCUUUGAGUGCAAGAUGUGCGGGAAAACCUUCAAGCGCUCCUCCACUCUGUCCACGCACUUGCUCAUCCACUCGGACACGAGGCCGUACCCCUGCCAGUAUUGCGGCAAGAGGUUCCACCAGAAGUCUGACAUGAAGAAACACACGUACAUUCACACCGGUGAAAAACCCCACAAAUGCCAAGUGUGUGGUAAAGCGUUCAGCCAAAGCUCCAACCUGAUCACACACAGUAGAAAACACACAGGCUUCAAACCGUUUGGGUGUGACAUUUGUUCAAAGGGCUUCCAGCGAAAGGUGGAUCUUCGCCGACAUCACGAGAGUCAGCACGGCAUGAAAUGAAAAGGAAAACAGUGUCUAUAUGUACAUUUCUAUUAAAUAAGCUGAUAUUUAUUCCUCAUUGAAGGCCAUUUAUAAUGAAGAAAUUGAGUGAUUGAUGAAAAUGUAUCUGUUAAUAUAUCAAGUGGUCAUUUAAAGAUGUGUUUACAUGAUGAGUGGGAGAUGUGUCAAUGCUAAAUAUACUUUUAUUUCAUAAUUUAUUUAAAGUAUGCCUGAUCAAUGUGUGUGAGCUAUUCAAUGCUUUCAAUCGGAAUAAAAGGGUGAAAUGUC